CACUAGAGGAGAAAGAUGGCGACAUCCGUGGUAGCUGCUCCAGAAUUGGGACUUGCACCGGCUUGGGGGCCGCAGGCCCUCACCCCCGAUUGGGAAAACCGAGAAGUCUCCACAGGGACCACUAUCAUGGCUGUGCAGUUUGACGGGGGCGUGGUUCUGGGCGCCGACUCCAGGACAACCACUGGGUCCUACAUCGCCAAUCGAGUGACUGACAAGCUGACCCCAAUUCAUGAUCGAAUAUUCUGCUGCCGCUCAGGUUCAGCUGCUGAUACCCAGGCUGUAGCUGAUGCCGUCACUUACCAGCUAGGCUUCCACAGCAUUGAGCUCAAUGAGCCUCCACUGGUACACACUGCAGCCAGCCUCUUUAAGGAAAUGUGUUACCGAUACCGGGAAGACCUGAUGGCAGGAAUCAUCAUCGCAGGCUGGGACCCCCAAGAAGGAGGGCAGGUGUACUCAGUGCCCAUGGGGGGUAUGAUGGUGCGGCAGUCCUUUGCCAUUGGAGGCUCCGGGAGCUCCUAUAUCUAUGGCUAUGUCGAUGCUACCUACAGGGAGGGCAUGACCAAGGAGGAGUGUCUGCACUUCACUGCCAAUGGGAUCCCAGCAUCAGUAUCGGAUCCUGACUCAAUGUUCUCCUUUUGCCCACAGCUCUCGCUCUGGCCAUGGAGCGGGACGGCUCCAGUGGAGGGGUGAUCCGCCUGGCAGCCAUUGCAGAAUCGGGGGUAGAGCGACAGGUUCUCUUGGGAGACCAGAUCCCCAAAUUCACCAUUGCCACCUUACCACCCCCCUGAAGCCUGCCAUUAUGAGAUAUAAAAGACCCGCCCCACCCCCCUCGACGUGGAAUUCAGUAAAGUUUGACAAAAAGAA